CAACCUCACGCGACAGAAUAACCCUCCCACCUUCUUUCGGGAUUUUACUGCUCCUGAACGCUACCGUAGGUACAGUGAUAGCGUAAAAGGGGACGAUGGCAGUAGAAGCUGUCUCUCCGGAUUGGGAAUUUGAUCGUUUCGAUGACGGUUCUCAAAAAAUCCAUGCUGAGGUACAGCUGAAAAAUUAUGGAAAAUUCCUGGAAGAAUACACAUCACAGCUAAAAGGCAUUGAGGAUGCCUUGGACGACACAAUUGGAGAUGUUUGGGAUUUUACUCUGGAUCCUGUAUCACUGAAGCUUUUGCCAUAUGAGCAGUCAGCAUUGUUGGAGCUGAUUAAGACGGAAAACAAAGUGUUUAACAAAGUAAUAACGGUUUUUGCUGCUCUCUGCUGUGAGAUCAAGAAAUUAAAACAUGAGGCAGAAACCAAAUUUUACAGUGGCCUCUUAUAUUAUGGAGAAGGAGUUUCAGACACUGACGCGGUAGAAGGGGAGAAUCAAAUACAGAUGGGCAGAUUUAUUGCAUUUUUGCAGGAGCUAUCAUGCUUUGUGACAAGAUGCUCAGAGGUAGUAGUCAAUGUAGUUCAGCAACUGGCAUCCCUCUACUGCAGUAACAAGACUGCAACAAAAAUCAUUGAAUCAUCUGGAGUACAUUUUCAGACUAUGUAUGAACACCUGGGAGAGCUUCUUUGUGUUCUGCUGACACUGGAUGAGAUCAUCGAAAACCAUUCCACACUUAAGGAUAACUGGACUAUGUACAAACGGUUGCUGAAAUCUGUUCAUCACAACCCAUCUAAAUUUGCAAUUCGGGAGGAAAAAUUGAAGCCUUUUGAAAAACUUCUUCUAAAACUCGAGGGCCAGUUGAUGGAAGGAAUGAUUUUCCAGACUUGUGUAGAACAGCAGUUUGAUACACCAGGAAAUGGUAUAACAGUUUCCAAGAACAGUGCUUUUGCAGAGGAAUUUUCCGUCAACAUUCGUACCAUCUUUACUAAUGUGGAAUCAAAACUUGGUGAACCUUCAGAGAUUGAACAGAGAGAUAAAUAUGUUGGGGUAUGUGCACUGUUUGUUCUGCACUUUCAUAUCUUCAGGACUGUUGAUAAAAAGUUUUACAAAGGGCUACUGGAUGUGUGCAAAAAGGUACCUGCUGUCACCCUGACUGCUAACAUCAUCUGGUUUGCAGAUACAUUCCUGGUAGCAAAAGUGCCAGCCGCUGCAAAGCUCCUGGACAAAAAGAAUCUUAUUUCUAUUCGGACCCAAAGAGAGAGCUUUCUACACCAGAAAGCUCAGACACUACUCAAGGAUGUACAGUCUUACUAUGUGUUUGUUACAUCUUGGUUAAUGAAAAUGGAGUCUAUAUUAUCUGCUGAACAGAAAUCAGAGAAGUUUGCUGAUCACCUGAGCAAUAGAUGCAGUAUUUUCAUUCAGGGUAUUCUAUAUGCUUAUGGUAUCAGCACCAUCAUUAAAACAACAAUGAAUCUCCACAUGUCACUACAGAAACCUAUGACCAAGACAUCAGUUAAGGCAUUAUGCAGGCUUAUUGAACUGCUGAAGGCCGUGGAGCACAUGUUUCAUAGACGUUCAGUGGGGACUGCGGACUCUGUAUCUCACAUCAUCCAACAUCUCCAAUAUCAAGCGCUGAAUUCUAUUUCAGUAGCCAAGAAAAGAGUUAUUUCUGACAAAAAAUACAGCGAGCAGCGACUGGAUGUAUUAUCAGCUUUGGUGCUGGCAGAAAAUGCACUUAACGGUCCCAGUACUAAAGAGAGGAGACUAAUUGUUUCGCUAGCAAUCAGUGUUGGUACCCAAAUGAAAACCUUUAAAGAUGAAGAACUGCUAAGCCUGCAGUUGAUUCUGAAGAAACUGGACCUUGUAAGUGAACUGCAGGACAGAGUACGGAUUCAUUGUGACUGCAGUUUUUUGUACUGGCACAGAGCUGUAUUCCCCAUCUAUCUAGAUGACGUUUAUGAUAAUGCUGUUGAUGCAUCUCGAAUUCAUUACAUGUUUAGUGCUCUUCGAGACUGUGUACUCACAAUGUUGGGCGCUCGGCACUUGGAGUCUUGUGAGCAGUUGCUGGAGAAUUAUGAUCGUGAAAUUAUGGAUGUUUUCAAACAGCACUUGUUAGAUAAGCUGUGUAAGGAGAUUGAGAAAGACCUGCGCUUAUCAGUUCAUACUCAUCUUAAGCUGGAUGACAGAAACCCCUUCAAAGUUGGAAUGAAGGAUCUUGCACACUUUUUUUCUGUAAAACCAAUCAGAUUCUUCAGCCGCUUCAUUGAUAUUAAAGCCUAUGUGACACAUUAUCUGGAUAAAACAUUUUACAACCUGACAACAGUAGCUUUACAUGACUGGGCCACAUACAGUGAAAUGAGAAACCUUGCGACCCAGCGCUAUGGGCUGAUGAUGACAGAAGCACACCUCCCCAGCCAAACCUUGGAGCAGGGUCUUGAUGUGUUGGAGAUCAUGAGGAAUAUCCAUGUUUUUGUGUCCCGUUACCUUUAUAACCUUAAUAAUCAGAUUUUUAUUGAAAGGACUAGCAAUAAUAAGCACCUGAACACCAUUAACAUCCGGCAUAUUGCAAACUCCAUCCGGACGCAUGGGACAGGAAUAAUGAAUACCACGGUUAAUUUCACAUACCAGUUUCUCCGCAAGAAAUUCUACAUAUUCAGCCAGUUCAUGUAUGAUGAGCACAUCAAGUCAAGGUUAAUUAAAGACAUUCGCUUCUUUCGUGAAAUGAAGGACCAAAUUGACCAAAAGUAUCCGUUUGAAAGAGCUGAGAAAUUUAACCGAGGAAUUCGCAAACUUGGAAUCACACCUGAUGGACAGAGCUAUCUUGACCAGUUUCGGCAGCUCAUCAGCCAAAUAGGCAAUGCUAUGGGUUAUGUGCGGAUGAUACGUUCUGGAGGUUUACACUGUUGUAGCAAUGCCAUAAGGUUUGUUCCAGACCUUGAAGACAUUGUAAACUUUGAAGAGCUAGUGAAGGAGGAAGGCCUGUCUGAGGAGACACAAAAAGCAUCCAGCAUUCUAGAUUCUGUUCUGAGUGACCUGACUAGCAAUUCUGCAGAAGGGACGGAGUACUUCAAAAUGCUAGUUGAUGUGUUUGCACCAGAGUUCCGCAGUCCAAAAAACAUGCACCUCCGCAAUUUCUACAUGAUUGUUCCUCCAUUGACUGUCAACUUUGUAGAGCAUUCCAUUGGUUGCAAAGAGAAGUUGAAUAAGAAAAAUAAGGUGGGAGCAGCCUUCACUGAUGACGGCUUUGCCAUGGGUGUUGCUUACAUUUUAAAGCUUCUAGAUCAGUACCAAGAGUUUGACUCCUUGCACUGGUUCCAGGCUGUUCGUGAGAAGUAUUUAAAAGAGAAGAAAGCGGUCGUGAAGGAGCAGAGUGUCCAAUCCAGCAAUCAGGAUGAGAAGCUCUUGCAGACCAUGAAUUUGACACAAAAGAGACUUGAAAACUACUUGGAGGAGUUUGAGCUGCUUUAUUUUUCAUUAAGCAGUGCGCGGAUUUUCUUCCGGGCAGACAAAACAGCAGCUGAGGAAAACCAGGAGAAAAAAGACAAAGACGAAGCACCCAAAGAUGCUGGAGAUUCAUCUGCUAGUUCGUCUUUCACAGACACAGGCACAAAGUGACGGAGACGGCAGAGAUGAGCACUAAUCCAAGUGUCCUGUCGGUGCACUAACUGGAAGGAUGACUGGACAUUGGGACUGCGGGUGGGACACAACACUGUUACUGCCAUUUCAGCAUUUGGAGCCUCUGGUGCUUCACAGAGCAGACAUCAACGUUUCUGGUAUUUGCCAGUAGAGGGCACCGUCCACGUGUCCAACUCAUUUGUGUACCUGCUGCCAGCCUGUCCCUGCCAGUGACUUCAGCGAGCGAAACGGUUGAGGAAACGUGCUGUUAUUUUGCUAAUUUGUUCAGCGUUGCUCCAUGUGUUUUCUAUUCCUGCAUUAUGGCACCAUGUUAUACAGGAAUUUUCUGUUUCUAAAAUGUCCAUGUUCAUAGUGUUUAAUUUACAACUUUGAUUAUAUUAACAUUUUUUUAAGAAUAUUGCACACCUUUAGCUAUCCUAAUUUCUUUGUGUUCUAACCAUUUUCUUUUCUUUGAAGCCGUAUGUUUUGUUAAUAACAAUUGUGGACAUGUAGAUGAUUUUUGGACUCGAUAUUGGAAGGUAGCCUGGCUGAUGGACAGCAUCCAUCUGCAUAGGUUAGAAAAUACAAACAUUUGUUAGGAGUGUUUAGCUUUUUACCCUAAAAAUGUGGCAUUACAGGUGGUUGAAAAUACUGUGCCCAUUUUAUGUGGCUUGGUUUUCAUUAUCUACAAAUACGUUAUUGUGGCUUAAAUAAAUGGAACGGCUCCAUCAGCAGUCUUUGGUGAACAAGUGCAGCCAUGCCAGAGAGGACAAGUGACAUCAGACUGACAAAGCUGAGCCAGGAGGACAAAUAAAGGUAAAAUAUCUCCAGCAGUAUCUCAAUGUGUUAUUUGCAAUACAAUUUUUUCUGACAUUUUAAUCGUUGAAUUGGGUACAAAAGACUUUAUAUUUGUAUUGAUAUCUACAUUUGAUUUUGUUUUGUAGUACUCAUUUCUUUUUCUUUUUUUUUUAACACGUUGAUUACUUUUAAGAAUCCCUACUUACUAAAAUGGAAAUAUUUGUGCGCCUUUGUAUGAGGGAGGUUAGAAAGUACAGUGCACUGUAAUCUGUGAUCAGUUGGUUUUGUUUAGGUAUUUGGACAGGCUGGCGUACCCCGGACGUUAUGACCGCAAAAGAUGGCAAGCUGCACACUUGUUUAAUUCUGUUCACAUUAUACACUCAGUCCCCAUGGUGGCACAGAAGGUGUACAGUGUCGACUCAAGAGUUAUACAAAUAUAUACUUUGUAAAAUAGCAAUGUAAUAAACUUACUGAAGGUACAAAACA